UGCUUUGACAUCCCUUUCUGCCGCUCAAGUUCCGGGGGGCACUCCUCCAUCCCACCCGACACAAAAACAGAUUUGGCUGACGAAGGGCUUUGCAGGCCUGUAUUACCUCAUCGCCUCUGCGCCCGCCGGACCAAACGGCCACCGCAGCGCGGGUCGGUUCCCCAGCUCGGCAAGCUCAGAACAAACACCCCGCUGCCUGCCGCGCGCUCACCUCUUUCCCUCUGGCAACCUCCUGUCUAUACGCCUUUCCUGUUACCCUCUCCUCUGCACUGUUGGCUACCCCUGCCCCCGUUACGACAAACACUUGAUUUUCGGCACCCACAUUUACUGCUGAUUUCUGCAUCGCUUCUCGGCCUCAUAUCUUCCGACUUGGACGGGGGGUCCUCGAACCGAUCAUCCAUCCCUACCUAUCUUUACACUCGCAUCUCGGGUUCAAUUAGCCAUUCCUGUGUUUUGCUAUCGCCUCUUCCCUCCCCAUCCCACAGCUGCCCACCUUGGUAUCUAUACAGAGCCGGUGAACCCUGAGUGACGCUAGGAUGGGCGCAACAUGUACAGAAGACAAUGCGCAAGCUGUUGACCAGAGCUCCUUUUGGGAUUCUAACGGGUUACAUUGGGAUGCGCAUCGAAUUGGUUGGACGAUCUCGGGCGCGUGUGCUGCUGCUACCGUGUUGAUCACACUCGUAUCCGUCUUCCGACACUGUCGAAACUACAACAACCCGCGCGAACAACGACAAGUGAUCCGUAUCUUGUACAUGCCACCCGUUUACGCCGUUGUCUCCUUCUUCUCCUACCGUUACUUCCGGUCCUACACGUACUACUCCCUCGCCGAAGCCGCGUACGAAAGUGUCACCAUCAGCGCGUUUUUAUUACUCCUCAUAGAAUAUGUCGCCGACACAGCCUCUGGGCACUCGGCAGAAAAUGCGCUUCUCCGGAAGGACAAGCAAAAGCUGCCCAUCCCAUUCUGUUGCUGGCGCUACCGACCUUCGAAAGCGUACUUCAUGUACACGCUCAAGUGGAGCGUGCUGCAGUAUGUGAUCAUACGCCCGGCGAUCAGCAUAGCGGGCAUCAUCUGCGAGAAGUUCAACGUUCUGUGCGCAAGCGGAAGCUAUAGCAUCCAUUUUGCGGAGGUCUAUCUCGAGGCGGUGGACUUCGUCAGCAUCUCCGUGGCCUUGUACGGCCUCAUCCUGUUUUAUGCAUUAACGAGGGAAGAACUCAGGGGACGGAGACCGCUCGCGAAGUUUCUGGCGAUCAAGCUCAUCGUCAUGUUCACAUUCUACCAGUCCUUCGUUUUUUCCGUGCUACAGAGCCAUGGUAUCAUCAAGGCGACAACCUAUUGGACCGCGACGAAUAUUGCUGAUGGACUCAACGCGUUGGCCAUUUGCAUCGAGAUGGUGCUCUUCGCUGCGUACAUGAUGUGGGCAUACACCGCAAAUGAAUACAUUAUCGAUGGUGCACCGAAGACGGGUAUCUUCCGGCCCUUGUGGGACAGCAUAAACUACAUGGAUUUCGUGUACGAGAUCUUCGGCUCAGUCAAGUUCUUCUUCGAUUACGCACGCGGAAAGCCGAACACACAUGGUCCUCGCAUACCUGUUGGCACCGACGGAACACGGAAGAUGAACUUCGCGGAAGCGUUUGGGGUGGAGGGGGCCUACGCCGGCGCACAGAAGGGUAUGGGUAGCGGAGGUGCGAGAAACAGUCGCUCACACCCGCAGAGUAGCUUCGACGAGGGCAUACGUCUAGCGCCCUACGGAGAAGGUCAGGACCGGGGGAUGAUGAGCGAGAGCCCCAGCCCGACGCAUGCGAAUGGAUAUGGGCGGGUGACCAGUAACAAUGUUCGAUAGACUAGCUCUGCCGUUGACAUACGAUGAGGUGGGGUUUUCGUGCCGUGGAUUCGUUGAGCUGAUCGCAUCCGCUGUGUUUCUGUUUUCUGUGCAGUUCAUCGGACUAUAUACUUAUUCUAUUCC